AUGCCCUCCACCCGGUGGCUAGGCACCAAGGAAUGGAUCACCAGGUCGCUGGCCCGAUUCGGCGCGUUCUCGUCCAUUUCUCUUGGUUUUUCCGGUCCUGACUUCGGCCUGGGCAACGCCGACGUGGUCGCGAUUCCGGGUGGGAACACCUUCCGGCUCCUGCACCACCUGCGGGAGCACGAUCUGCUGCGCGCCCUGCGAGUCUUCCUGGACCAGGGCGGGCGCAUCUACGGGGGGAGCGCGGGCGCACUCGUGCUCGGCGCCAGCAUCGCCAUUGCGGACAGUAGCGUGGGCGGGCAGGACGACAACAUCGUUGGCGAUCUGCUGGUGGACAUGCAAGGGUUGGAUGCGCUUCGAGGCUGCGUGGCGUAUCCUCAUUUUGAGCAGGGCGUUGACAGGUUCGAGGGCCACUGUCACCGCUGGAGUCAGGAACAUGGGGUAACGGUGAUUGGUAUACCGGAGACGUGCGGCGUCCAGUUUGAUCCUUCGGGGUGCGCGUUGAAUGCGGGGCCAUCACCAGCCUAUGUAUUCACAUCCGAUGGACGACGAACGGUUUGA